AUGUCAAGUGCUAUAGAUGAUUUGCUCGUUGCCCAGCUACAGGAAAACAUCAUCACUUACUCCAUUGGCGGUAUCUUCUGCGGUUCGUACCCUCUUGCUAACGAGAUUCCAUCUGACUCAAAUCAAUCUGUUCCAGGAAUAUACACUGUCCUAGCUAUUAUCGCUGCAUAUAUCCUGUUCCAACAAGGCUUACGCUACUCCCUUGCUCGUUCGGUGCUAUUUAUUUUGAACGUAGCCAUGUUCGUCGGUCAGACGGGCAAUCUUGUCGCCGUCAUUGUUUCGGAACUCAAAAUCUUACGGGGAUUGGGGGAGACAUUUUACGACCCCACUCAGGCAUUAGAGCGCUGGGAAGUCGCAAUCGUCGUUUUCUCCCGAAUGAAUUAUCUUCUCAGUGAUGCGAUUGUAAUUUGGCGAGCUUGGAUACUCUAUGAUGACCGACUUUACCUUCGUAUCUUGCUCAUCCUUUGCGGCUUGGGCUCACUAAUCGGCGUUUCGCUGGAUUCAGCAUUCGUUCUGAAACAAGCAUUUUCAAAUGGGACCGGCGAAGCAACCGCAUUAACCAAAAUUCGGGUUCUCAUGCCAGUAAUGCUUCUAAUCACCAAUUUCAUUGCCACUAGCAUCAUCGCUUUCAAGGUUUGGGAGUAUAGGCGCAGUAUCAAGAUCAAUUUAGGUAACCAGAAACGCAAAACUAGCGUAGAACAGGUCUUGAUUCUCCUGUUGGAAACUGGUUUGGUUUAUUGUGCAUGCUGGAUUGUCACGAUAAUUUCCUUAACACCGGGCACACUUUCAUUCAUGGGCCAAAAUGUCUUUGCGACGAUGUACCCAAACUUGACCGUGAGCUUAGACUAUAAUAUCAACGGGGGAGAGGAGUUUACGUUUAGGAUUUUGCAGGCCAUUUACCCAACCCUCGUUAUAAUUUUCGUCGCGGCUCGAAAAUCCUACUCUGAAUUAUCCAUUAACGUGUCUCAAACAUUACAAUUCGCGGUCCCGACCCCUGCAGAUAUCGUAUUUCAGAAAUCAGAUACUGAGGGCUCUCCGCCUUUUGUCGCUACAAAGAUAGCAGGAAUACCUGAUUUCGACGGUGCAAGUCUGGACAGAUCCCUAGGAGAGAUUCGAACAGAUAGCAUUCGGAUGAACUUAUCAUCGACCUCUGUGUCUAACGCGGUGGAUCCAGACUUGCACCCAGUGGAGGAGUCACGAUAG